AUGGGGGAGGCUUCCAUGGACCGUCCCAAUUUAGGUAAAGAUUUCACAUACACAGAUGAAGUUUCCGACAUGAUUUUCGGGUUCUUGGAGGAAGAUGAGUUUUCAGUAAGUUCUUUUGAGUCCAAAGUCGAAACUAUUGACGAAGACGUGGAGGAGGAGGAGGAGGACAAUACUAGCAAUUCCGAGGAAAGUAAGGCUUUCUGGGAAUCACAAGAGGAGCUUCUACAGGCGACUUUAUACAGAACUACAGCCCUUGAGUCAAAAAUUAGGCAGGCCACAAAGGAUGCAUUAAGGGAGUUAGAUUCAGUUGGAGUAAAUUGUUCUUGCCCAAAAAUGGUAGCGGAUGGUUGUCGGUGCUGUAGACAGAAAGAAAUCUGUGAUCGCCUUCAAACUGCAGGGUUUAAUUGUGUUAUAUGCAAGUCCAAGUGGAAAAGUUCACAAGAAAUCCCAGCAGGGGAACACACAUAUCUGGAAGUGCAGAGUUCUUCCAAGAAAGGAGAGGUGAAAGUGAUUAUUGAGUUGAACCUUCGUGCAGAAUUUCAGAUAAGUCGAUCCAGCGAAGAAUACAAACGACUGAUCAAAAGAUUGCCAGAUAUAUUCGUAGGAAAAAUUGAAAGGCUUCGAAAUCUAAUAAAGAUACUAUGUUCAGCAUGCAAGGAAAGCAUGAAGGAGAGGAAGAUGCAUAUGGCUCCAUGGAGAAAGCAUAAAUACAUGCAAGCUAAGUGGCUCGGAACGCCUCAGGUUGAGGCUGCGGCCGUGCCACCAACUCUUACGGCUGAGCAUGGCCUACAGCGGCUACCAAAGCCAAGGGCUUCCAUGCUAACAUUUGAUUUGUUUGAUAACUUGCCAGGAAUGUAUUCUAAGGCAAUCAGGGUCGUCUAA